UCUUUUUCUCCUCACUCUCUGCACUUCAUCGCUUUGUUUCCACGUCCUCCCAUGACCCUUGUCCCAAUCCCUAAACAAAACAUCAUACACGUACGUUGUCUUCGAGAAACAACACUCUCACAAUACUAAAUAAACAGAAGAAAGAAUUAUACAUCCAACUUCUGUUUUUUUUUUAAACAUAGGAAAAACUUAUCCGUUACGCGUUCAAAUGCCAAAUACGUUGUCAUCUCGGUUUUAGCCACCGAUCAUUUCAGACUUCGUGUGAUACUGUGAAAGUUUUUGGGUGUCACUCACACCGAUGGAAAUUUCUUCAGUACUACGCGAUUUGAGCAGCUAAGGGAAAACAAACAACAUGGCGGACUUUUGGAGCGUGUUUUGUGGGGAAUCUGGUUGUUCAGAGACUGGAACAAAGCCUUGUGGUUAUGGUUUUAAGUUUUUGAUUGAUCCUUCAGCAUGUAUCAACCACUUGUUGAUUUCUUGCAUUGAUGUGUUCCUGCUUAUCAUGCUCUUAUUUAUUUUGAUCCACAAGUCAUCAUUAAAACCAUUUCAGGGUCUAACACGUGUGCAAAGAUAUUCAAAUUUGCAGCUAGUAUCUGCCAUAGCCAAUGGUGCUCUUGGGUUGGUGCACCUGUGCUUAGGCAUUUGGGUUUUAGUGGAGAAGUUGAGGAAAAACCAAACUGCGUUGCCUCUUAAUUGGUGGUUGCUAGAACUCGUUCAGGGAAUAACAUGGUUUUUUGUUGGUUUAACAAUAAGUCUUAAGUUGAGACAACUUCCAAGAACAUGGUUAAGGAUUUUUUCUAUUCUGAUCUUCUUGGUUUCUGCUAUUUUUUGUGCUUCAUCCUUGUUUUAUGCAAUUAGUAGCAGAGAACUGUCCCCUAAGGUAGCUUUAGAUGUUCUAUCUUUCCCAGGGACAAUAUUACUGCUAUUAUGCACUUAUAAGGAAUCUAAGCAUAGGGACACUGACAGAGAAAUUGAUGAAAGCCUUUAUACCCCUCUAAAUGGUGAGUCCAAUAAAAAUGAUUCUAUUAGCCAUGUAACACUAUUUGCCAAAGCUGGAUUCUUCAGCAGGAUGUCAUUUUGGUGGUUGAAUCCAUUGAUGAAAAGGGGUAAGCAGAAAACACUUCAGGAUAAAGAUAUCCCAAUGUUGCGUGAGGAAGAUCGAGCAGAAAGUUGUUAUUUGCUGUUUCUAGACCAUUUGAACAUGCAGAAACAAAAGAAUCCAACCUCGCAACCAUCACUUUUGAGGACAAUAAUUUUAUGCCACUGGAGAGAAAUUUUGAUAUCAGGAUUCUUUGCAUUGAUCAAGGUACUUGCUCUGUCCUCUGGACCUCUGCUUCUUAAUUCCUUUAUAUUGGUUGCUGAGGGUCAUGAGAGUUUCAAAUAUGAAGGUUUUGCAUUGGCCAUAUCACUUUUCUUUACAAAAAUCGUAGAAUCCCUAUCACAGAGGCAAUGGUACUUCCGCUCCAGACUUAUUGGUGUGAAAGUUAGGUCACUGCUAACUGCAGCAAUUUAUAAAAAGCAAUUUAGGUUAUCCAAUUCUGCUAGAUUGAUGCAUUCUGGUGGUGAAAUAAUGAAUUAUGUGACUGUGGAUGCUUAUAGAAUUGGAGAAUUUCCCUAUUGGUUUCACCAGACUUGGACAACUAGCUUCCAACUAUGUAUCUCAUUAGUAGUACUUUUCAAUGCUGUUGGGCUAGCUACUAUUGCCUCCUUGGUGGUGAUAGUUAUCACAGUGCUUUGCAAUACUCCACUUGCAAAGUUACAGCACAAGUUUCAGAGCAAACUUAUGGUUGCACAAGAUGAGAGAUUGAAGGCUAGUUCUGAGGCUCUUGUGAAUAUGAAGGUGUUGAAGUUGUAUGCGUGGGAAAACAAUUUUAAAAAUGUUAUAGAAGGAUUGAGGAAUGUGGAGCUCAAAUGGUUGUCUGCAGUGCAAUUGCGCAAGGCAUACAACUCCUUUCUCUUUUGGUCCUCACCUGUUUUGGUAUCUGCUGCUUCCUUUGGGGCCUGUUACUUUCUUAAUGUUCCCUUGCAUGCAAACAAUGUUUUCACUUUUGUGGCAACUUUACGCCUUGUUCAAGAUCCAAUUAGAACCAUCCCUGAUGUUAUUGGGGUGGUCAUUCAGGCAAAAGUUGCAUAUGCCCGGAUUAUAAAAUUCCUGGAGGCACCUGAACUGCAGAGUGAAAAUGUCAGGAAGAGGUGUGUUAGUGAGAAUAUGAGGGGCUCAAUUUUAAUCAAUUCUGCAGACUUUUCAUGGGAAGAUAAUGCAUCAAAGCCAACACUGAGAAACAUAAAUUUGGAGGUUAGACCUGGUCAAAAGGUGGCUAUUUGUGGAGAGGUUGGCUCAGGCAAAUCAACUCUCUUAGCUGCAAUUCUCAGAGAAGUUCCUAAUACUCAGGGGACUAUUGAAGUUUAUGGGAAGUUUGCCUAUGUUUCUCAAACAGCAUGGAUACAGACAGGUACAAUAAGGGAAAAUAUAUUGUUUGGAUCAGACAUGGAUGAUGAAAAAUAUCAAAACACGCUUCAUAGGUCUUCACUAGUGAAGGACCUUGAGUUGUUUCCCCAUGGUGAUCUCACUGAAAUAGGGGAAAGAGGGGUCAACCUGAGUGGAGGUCAGAAGCAGCGAAUUCAACUUGCUCGUGCUCUGUAUCAGGAUGCUGAUAUAUAUCUCUUGGAUGAUCCAUUCAGUGCUGUUGAUGCUCAAACUGCCACAAAUUUGUUUACUGAAUACAUUGUGGAAGGACUUGUUGGGAAGACAGUCUUGCUGGUGACUCAUCAAGUUGACUUCCUUCCAGCAUUUGAUUCUGUUUUGUUGAUGUCAGAUGGUGAAAUUCUACAAGCUGCUCCUUAUCAUCAUCUGUUGAACUCAAAUAAAGAAUUUCAGGACCUUGUGAAUGCUCACAAAGAGACUGCUGGUUCUGACCGGCUUAUGGAUGUUACUUCUUCACAGAAACAUUCAAAUGGUGCUAGAGAGAUUAGGAAAACACCUGUGGAGAAGCAGUUUGAAACAUCAAAAAGCGAUCAAUUAAUUAAGCAAGAAGAGAGAGAAAAGGGAGACCAAGGAUUCAAGCCUUACAUACAGUAUCUGAAUCAGAACAGAGGAUAUAUAUAUUUCUCUUUGGCUUGUCUUUCUCACCUUAUAUUUGUGAUUGGCCAGAUAUUGCAAAACUCAUGGAUGGCUGUUAAUGUUGACAAUCCUCAAGUCACCACUUUGCGGUUGAUUCUAGUUUACUUAUUGAUUGGAGUUACUUCAUUAGUAUUCUUGUUGAGUAGAAGUCUAUUUAUAGUUGCUUUGGGCCUUCAAUCAUCAAAGUCUUUAUUUUCACAACUACUAAACUCCCUUUUUCGUGCGCCCGUGUCAUUUUAUGACUCCACACCCUUGGGACGGAUACUUAGUAGGGUCUCCUCAGAUCUCAGCAUUGUUGAUCUUGAUGUCCCACUUGGCCUUCUUUUUGCUAUGGGAGCUACUACGAAUUGUUAUGCUAAUCUUACAGUUUUAGCAGUUGUUACUUGGCAAGUCUUAUUUGUCUCCAUACCAAUGAUUUUUUUUGCAAUUCGCUUGCAGAAAUAUUACUUUGCCUCUGCAAAAGAACUGAUGCGGAUGAAUGGCACAACAAAGUCAUUUGUAGCUAACCAUCUUGUUGAAUCUGUUGCUGGAGCUGUGACAAUAAGGGCUUUUGAGGAGGAAGAUCGUUUUUUUGCGAAGAAUCUUAAUCUAAUUGAUGUCAAUGCUACUCCUUUCUUCCAUAAUUUUGCAGCAAAUGAGUGGUUGAUUCAACGGUUAGAAACAGUCAGUGCAGUUGUUCUUGCAUCUGCAGCACUUUGCAUGGUUGUACUUCCACCUGGGACUUUCAGCUCUGGAUUUAUUGGCAUGGCUCUCUCCUAUGGCCUUUCACUUAACGCUUCCUUAGUAUUUUCAAUUCAAAAUCAAUGCAAUAUAGCAAACUAUAUAAUAUCAGUGGAGAGACUGAAUCAAUAUAUGCAUAUACCAAGUGAGGCCCCAGAAGUAAUAGAAGGAAAUCGUCCUCCUGUGAAUUGGCCGGUUGCUGGUAAAGUAGAAAUAAAUGAUUUGAAGAUACGAUACAGGCCUGAUGCACCACUAGUACUACGUGGGAUCACAUGCACAUUUGAAGGAGGUCACAAAAUUGGUAUUGUUGGCAGGACAGGCAGUGGAAAGUCCACUCUUAUUGGUGCUUUAUUCCGUUUGGUGGAGCCAACUGGUGGAAAAAUCAUUGUUGAUGGCAUUGACAUUUGUUCCAUUGGACUUCAUGAUUUGAGGUCCCGUUUUGGUAUUAUACCUCAGGAUCCUACUCUUUUUAAUGGCACAGUAAGAUUCAAUUUGGACCCAUUAUCUCAACACUCUGAUCAAGAGAUAUGGGAGGUUCUUGGGAAGUGUCAGUUGCAAGAAGCUGUGCAAGAGAAAGAAGAGGGUUUAGACUCCUCAGUUGUUGAAGCUGGGGAAAACUGGAGCAUGGGACAACGACAGUUAUUCUGUUUGGGGCGUGCUCUUUUGAGAAGAAGUCGGGUAUUGGUGCUUGAUGAAGCAACUGCAUCAAUUGAUAAUGCAACUGAUUUGAUUCUGCAGAAGACAAUUAGGACUGAGUUUGAAGAUUGUACUGUAAUCACUGUAGCUCACAGGAUACCAACUGUAAUGGAUUGCACUAAGGUUCUUGCCAUCAGUGAUGGAAAACUGGUAGAGUAUGAUGAGCCAAUGAACUUGAUGAAGAAAGAAGGAUCGCUGUUUGGGCGGCUUGUCAAGGAAUACUGGUCUCAUUUUCAGUCUGCAGAAUCUCAGUGAAGCUGAAAAUGUUUUAUGAUGUAGCCCUUCUGUUUCUUUCUGUGGGAUUGGCAAGUAGCCAAGAAAGUGUAAUUAGAAGUAGGAUGUAUAAUGUAUUAUGUUUGGAAAUAGUCUAAAUGCCUGAGAAGUGGGAAAGGAAUUAGAGGGACAUAAAAAAAAUAGUGCAAAGGGAAAUGUACCAUUUCUAGGAUGACGUAUGAUCUGUUUCGCACCGGAAAGCUGCAUUAUUUACCAAUGAGGGUUUGUAAUUGCACAACAUUUUGAAGUGACAUUUUGCAUUAUAUAAUGUGGCAGUCGUUGUUUUCUGCUCUAUU